AGGAGUGACGUGCGCACCCGGUCUUCCAUUAGCGGACGGCGGGAGGUUCGUUGAGCGCAUGCGUCCGGUGGCAGCCUAGGAAAAGGGGGCUGCUGGCGGGCCGAGCCGAAGACAUGGAGCAGGGCUACGGAGGCUAUGGGGCAUGGAGUGCUGGACCUGCCAACACCCAGGGUGCAUAUGGAACUAGUGUGGCCAGCUGGCAAGGUUAUGAAAACUACAAUUAUUAUGGUGCCCAGAACACCAGCGUCACCACAGGAGCAACCUACAGUUAUGGCCCAGCCUCGUGGGAGGCCACCAAGGCCAGCGAUGGCCUGGUGGCUGGGGGCCCUGCUAUGCAUAUGGCUUCUUAUGGCCCAGAGCCGUGCACCGACAAUACUGACUCGCUCAUUGCCAAGAUCAAUCAGCGUUUGGACAUGAUGUCUAAGGAAGGAGGCAGGGGCGGGAGCAGCAGCGGUGGGGAGGGCAUGCAGGACCGGGAGAGUUCUUUCCGCUUCCAGUCGUUCGAUUCCUAUGACUCCAGACCGUGCCUGCCAGAGCACAAUCCCUACCGCCCCAGCUACAGCUAUGACUAUGACUUUGAUCUGGGGCCUGACCGCAAUGGUGGCUUUGGCAGUCAGUACAGUGACUGCAGGGACCCUGCCCGUGAGCGCGGCUCCCUCGAUGGCUUCAUGCGCGGCCGGGGCCAGAGCCGCUUUCAGGAUCGGAGCAACCCCAGCACCUUCAUGCGAAGCGAGCCCUUCAUGCCCCCAUCUGCUGCCUCUGAGCCCCUGUCUGCUCCCUGGAGCGAGAUGAACUACACGGGUGGCCGGGGCCUGGGAGGCCCCUCCCCUAGCAGGCCCCUGCCUUCCCUCUUCUCCCAGUCCAUGGCCCCCAACUAUGGCAUGAUGGGCAUGCAGGGGGCGGGCAGUUAUGAAAACUCUGUGCCCUACGGAUGUGGCCAGUCACAGACCCGGAUAAGGGAUCGGCCCAGGUGGAGAGGGUUUGAUCGCUGUGGCCCAGACAGCAUGGGCAGGAAACGGAAGCAGUUGCAAAUCUACGAUGAGCCAGACAGCAAACAGGCCCGGGCUGACAGCGAAGGAGAUUUUUCUGAAAACGAUGAUGGAGCUGGUGACUUCCGGUCGGGAGAUGAAGAAUUCAGGGGUGAGGAUGAAUUCUUCGAUUCUGGAAGGCAGAGAGGAGAGAAGGACGAUGAGGAUGAUGAAAUGAAGAAAAGAAGGGAAAAGCAAAGGAGGAGAGACAGGAUGCGAGAUCGAGCAGCUGACAGGAUUCAGUUUGCUUGUUCUGUGUGCAAGUUUCGUAGCUUUGAAGAUGAAGAAAUCCAGAAGCAUUUGCAAAGUAAAUUUCACAAAGAAACAUUGCGGUUUAUAAGUACCAAGCUACCUGACAAGACGGUGGAAUUCCUCCAGGAAUACAUUGUAAACAGGAAUAAGAAGAUUGAGAAGCGGCGACAGGAACUGAUGGAGAAGGAAAGCGCAAAACCAAAACCAGACCCUUUCAAAGGGAUUGGCCAGGAGCACUUCUUCAAGAAGAUCGAGGCUGCUCACUGCCUGGCUUGUGACAUGCUGAUCCCUGCACAGCACCAGCUCCUCCAGCGGCAUCUGCACUCUGUCGACCACAAUCACAACCGCCGGUUGGCUGCUGAACAGUUCAAGAAAACAAGUCUCCAUGUGGCUAAGAGUGUUCUGAACAACAGACAUAUAGUGAAGAUGCUGGAAAAAUACCUCAAGGGUGAAGACCCUUUCACCAGUGAAGCCGUUGAUCCAGAAAUCGAAGGAGAUGACAAUUUAGGAGGUGAGGAUAAGGAAGAGACACCUGAGGAGGUGGCUGCAGAAGUCUUAGCUGAGGUGAUUACAGCAGCAGUGAAGGCAGUAGAAGGGGAAGGAGCGCCUGCUCCAGGAAGUAGUGAAAUGUUGGCUGAAGGGGAAGGCCCUGUGGACACAGCAGAGGUUCUUAGUCAUCCCCAUCCUGAACAGCUACUGGAAGCAAAGACACCUCGUGGAAUGGCAUCUGAGAAAGGUAAUGCUGUAGCAGAGGCUGGAGGUGACACCGCCCAGUCGGGAAGUGAGGCUGCUGAGGCUGGAAGUGAAGCUGCCGAGGCUGGAGGUAAAGCUGCCGAGGCCGGAGGUGAAGCUGCCAAGGCCGGAGGUGAAGCUGCCGAGGCCGGAGGUGAAGCUGCCGAGACUGGAGGUGAAGCUGCCGAGGCCGGAGGUGAAGCUGCCGAGGCCGGAGGUGAAGCUGCUGAGGCCAGAAGUGUAGCAGAGGCAGAAAGUGCCGUAACAGCCACUGCUCCUGCCCCAGCGGCCAUGGAAGCUGAAGUAGAACAGACUGAUGUGGAGUCCAAAGAUGUUAUUCCCAUAGAAUGAUCAUCCUCUCCUUGUUUCAAGGGGUGUGUUAUAUGAUGCAUUGCCCUUUCUUUGGUUUGUAAACAGUACUAAGGUGUAUGUUACUGGAAUAUUCUGAAAACUUACUUUGGUGAAGAGACCUAGCCAUUUAUUUCAGAAAAGUGUACCUCACAGGCUUGUCUUAUAGAGUUGGGUGGCUUUCUGCUUCGGUUUGAAGGCUGCAGAAGUUGUACAUUCCCCCCCAAGCAGCUGUGACCUCUCUGCACUGCAGUUGGAAUAAUAAAAGUUGGUAAUUAGAUUUCGAUGAUACUUUGCUUGUUAAAUACAGCUACUGGCUGGAUGCCCUUUUUUUAUUAUUUUGUCUGGGAGCAGCUCAUUACUAGGAUAUAUCUUUAUAAAGAUUUUUUUUAGAUUUCAAGAAUUUGCUUUGGCAUCAGUUUUUGACCCCUGCUUUUGUAGCCCACUGAAUGGUGUGUGAUCCUCACAAGAUGUAGCAGAAUCUUGUUAAUAUGCGAUGCUGGUUCUGUCACAUCAGUGAACUCUCAAAGGCCUGAUGAAUCUGACAUAUCUGCACCGUGGGAAGCACACCCACUUGCCCUUUAGAAAUGAGGAUACUUUUUGCCUAAGGCAUGUUCCCCAAUCUUGAGUCCUUGGUGAACCACCUUCACAAUUUUUUUUUACCUCAUUUGUGUUCCAUCUCUGCAUUACUUCAGAGUUUUUUCCUUCAAAUUGAGUUAUUUCCUCUUAAAUAUAUUUAAAAACAAAACUUGAUGUCAUUCUCAUGAGUGGAAAACCAAUAUAAAUUGCCAUAGAUGCUAUCUAUAAAAAAAUAAAUGUAAUGAACAUUUCAUUUUAGAUAAAUACUGUUCCUUUGGAGGUUUCUGAAUCUGUGAAAAAGGAAAGCUAGCAUGUGUUAAAGUGUAGCUAGCAACCAGUUAUACAUUCAUAUAAUCAAAAGAAUUGGAAGAUCCCUCCCUUUUGAAAUGAUAUUGCUAGGUCUGUUUCCCUGUAGACCUUUGAAAUGUCACAUUUGGGGAAGCACUGGCCAAUGGGAAAUGAUUUAAAAAGAGGUAGUAAAAAUAUUUGAUGAGCAUCUACUAUGUACCAGGUACUAAUUCAUGGGAGCCUUAUUGGAGAUGUGAGGUCAAUAUUUAUGAAGAAAGUCAAUUGUUAGAACUAAAAAAUAAACUUCGAUAACCAAGAAA